UCUUCCUUUCUUGUAACUAGCCGAUUUGUUACAAAUAUUGUAGUUUGAAAAACUCGAUUGGGAGGGAGUUCCCUGUUGUUAGUUCGAAAUGGUUCAAGCUGUUCCUGAAACGAUAGACUUCCCCAAAGAAGAGGAAAAUAUCUUACAACUUUGGAAAAAUUUAGAUGCAUUUAGAGAAUGUCUGAAACAAUCAAAGGGGAAACCAAGAUAUUCAUUCUAUGAUGGACCUCCAUUUGCUACGGGGCUCCCUCAUUAUGGACACAUCCUUGCUGGAGCCAUCAAAGAUGUUGUUACGAGAUAUGCUCAUCAAAGUGGGUUCCAUGUGGAGAGAAGGUUUGGAUGGGACUGUCAUGGUCUGCCUGUUGAAUUUGAAAUUGAUAAAAAUCUCGGCAUUAAAGGACCAGCAGAUGUGGCCAAAAUGGGAAUUGCAGCUUACAACAAUGAAUGUCGGAAGAUAGUCAUGAGAUAUGCUUCAGAGUGGGAAACAAUUGUUACAAGGAUCGGGCGAUGGAUUGAUUUCCAGAAUGACUACAAGACGCUGUAUCCUUCGUUCAUGGAGAGCGUGUGGUGGGUGUUUUCUGAGCUGUGGAACAAGGGCCUGGUCUACCGAGGAGUCAAGGUCAUGCCUUACUCAACUGCUUGCAACACUCCUCUGUCUAACUUUGAGUCGGGGCAGAACUACAAAGAAGUCGUCGACCCAGCAGUGGUGGUAAGUUUUCCACUGGUGGAUGACCCUGAUACGGCCAUCAUAGCUUGGACAACCACACCAUGGACUCUGCCGAGCAACUUGGCGCUCUGUGUCAACCCUGAUCUUACCUACGUCAAAGUCAGAGAUUUUUCGACCAACAAGGUGUACAUAAUGAUGGAGGCUAGGUUGCAGACACUUUUUAAAAAGGAAGAUGAAUACAAAAUCCUUCAAAAGUUUUUAGGAAAAACACUUGCUGGAAAGAAAUACAAGCCGAUAUUUCCCUACUAUGCUCAUCUAAAGCAAGCGUUCCGUGUGUUAUGCGACGGCUACGUCACCGAGGAGAGUGGUACUGGUAUCGUCCACCAGGCUCCCUACUUUGGCGAGGACGACUACAGAGUGUGCCUGGCUAACGGAGUGAUCACUCGUGACCAAGAGAUUAUAUGUCCUGUGGAUGAAAGUGGUUGCUUCACUCUGCCUGUGACAGACUUCAACGGUCUCUACGUCAAGGAAGCAGACAAGGAGAUUAUCAAAAAGCUGAAGGCAGAUGACCGUCUUGUGAACGCUGGCUCGGUGAAGCACAGUUACCCGUUCUGUUGGAGAUCUGAGACUCCUCUCAUCUACAAGGCUGUGCCUUCCUGGUUCAUCCGAGUGGAGCAAAUGAGUGAACAUCUGAUUAAGGCUAACUCUGACACUUAUUGGGUGCCAGACUUUGUGAAGGAGAAGAGGUUUGGUAACUGGUUGCGAGAGGCGCGUGACUGGGCAGUGAGUCGCAACCGCUACUGGGGCACUCCGAUACCUCUGUGGGCCUCGGAGGACUGGCAGGAAGUGGUGUGUGUGUCGUCCAUAGCUCAACUGCAACAGCUGACUGGCCAACCUGUGGCCGACCUGCACCGAGACAGCAUUGAUCACCUGACCAUUCCCUCGGUGCGACCUGGUCAGCCUCCUCUUCGUAGAGUUCCGGAGGUGUUUGACUGCUGGUUUGAGAGCGGCUCUAUGCCUUACGCUCAGCUACAUUAUCCUUUUGAGAACAAGAAAGACUUUGACGACCGAUUCCCCGCCGACUUCAUCGCCGAGGGCAUCGACCAAACUCGAGGAUGGUUCUACACCCUUUUGGUUAUAUCAACAGCUUUGUUCAAGAAAGCUCCUUUCAAGAAUCUCAUUGCCAACGGUUUGGUGUUGGCUUCUGAUGGUCAGAAAAUGUCCAAGAGGAAGAAGAACUAUCCUGAUCCUAUGGAGAUAGUCCACAAGUACGGUGCGGACGCAUUGAGGUUGUACCUGGUCAACUCACCCGUGGUACGAGCGGAGAACCUCAGGUUUAAGGAGGAAGGAGUCAGAGACAUCCUUAAGGACGUGUUCCUGCCGUGGUACAACGCUUAUAGAUUCCUCAUACAGAACAUACAGCGCAUCAAUCAGGAGGAAUCAAUAACGUUCUCGUUCAACGAGGAGAGUGCAACUUCCACCAACAUCAUGGACCGAUGGAUUUUGUCCUUCACACAGUCACUACUAGCCUUCAUACGCCGUGAGAUGGGAGCAUACAGGCUGUACACUGUGGUGCCGCGGCUGGUGCAGUUCAUUGACAAUCUGACCAACUGGUACGUGCGCAUGAACCGACGUCGGCUCAAGGGGGAGGGAGGAGUGUCGGACUGUCAGCAAGCCCUAGCCACUCUGUCUACUGUACUGUUCACCAUGGUGAGGGUGAUGGCUCCCUACACUCCGUUCCUCACAGAGCUCAUGUACCAGAACUUGCGACAGCUCACCCAUCGCCAGGAGAAGAGUGUACACUUCGUCAUGAUGCCUCAGCCCAGGACAUCUCUGAUUGACGAAGACAUUGAGAGGGCUGUGUCUCGUAUGCAGAGCGUGAUUGAAUUGGGAAGGAAGAUUCGGGACAGAAAAACCUUGCCCAUCAAGUACCCAUUGCCGGAGGUGGUUGUGAUAGUGAACAGUGAGACGCAAGUGUCCGAGGUGUUGCGGCUGCAGCAGUACAUCACUGAGGAGCUGAACGUGCGUAAGGUGACUGUGACGGCCGACAAGCAGACCUACGGAGUGUCCUUGCGUGCGGAGCCGGACCACAAGACACUGGGCGCACGGCUCAAACAGGCCUUCAAACCUGUCAUGGCAGCGAUAAAGGAGCUGACCAAUGAGCAACUGCAGGAGUUCCAGCAGACACAACAGUUGGAAGUUCUAGGACAAAAGAUUGACCCCAGCGAACUCCGACUCUUCUUCAGCUUCACUGGACCUGGGGCCGACCUGUUGGCUCAGAAGUAUGAGGCAACUUCUGAUAACGAUGUUUUGGUGCUUCUAGAUGUGACACCAGACCAAGAGCUUCAGGCGGAGGGUUUGGCUCGAGAGUUUGUCAAUAGAGUACAAAAGCUGAGGAAGAAGGCUCAUCUGGUACCAACAGACCAGGUGACAGUGUACUAUGAUACUGAGGGAGAGUUGGCAGACAUUGCUGUCAAGUACCACCAGUUUAUAGAGACGGCCACUCGCACACCCUUCAAACCAAUGGCUCAGCUGCAAGGCAAAGUGAUGGAGCAGGAGGUUCAACAGGUGAAGGGAUCUAAACUCACCCUAAAACUAACAGACCACAAGGAAGGUCAGGCAACCAAACCUUCCAUAACACCAGCUUGCAGGUAUGUGAGGGUUGUCUUGCAAGGUCUGGAGCCCAGUAAUGGAGUCAGUGGCUCUAUCGGCUACAUACUACUGGAGAACCCUGCUGGAGAAAACCUCCUGACGUUACAGCAGCUGGAGAAAGAGGUGAGAGUGUUGUUUGGACUGCAGUGUCGUAGUAAGGUGUUCCUUUACACUGAGGAAGGUAAACUCCUCUCUCAAGACAUCAUGUCCAAACUGCACCAGACCUCGGUGUUUGUCACUGGUAAACCAACCGAGACUAAACUCUCGUCACAGCCUAGAAAUGGCCCGGACUGCAGGUUUGUCAAUGUCCAGUGGAAGGACAAGCAAGGUGUCCUGUUCCUAGAGAACCCUGUAGGUGACGGUCUGCCACAGGACCAGGACCUAGCCUCUCUACAGGACCUGGCCCGUAGGCUGUUCCAUCUGGAAGGCAAAGCAGUGACUGUCUCCAAGCCUGAUAAUGGGGUUGUUACUGUCACAUAGUAUUAUGGGAAAUAUACUCAUUGUAAAUAA